AUGCUCCUCGACCUCCAGGGCUGCGGGACCCCUGAGCCGCGCGGCCGGGCCAGGGCUGGGAGGUGUCCCUGCUGCUGGGACGGGAAACCGAGGCACGGGGAUGCCGGAGACUCCCCAAGAUCGACGAGGCUCCUGGGAGUCUCACGUGGGGCCAUCGGGCCGCAGACCGCACCCCCUCCUGCAGGGAGUGCCCCGAACAGAGACCCAGAGGCGCAGCGGGCCGAGGGCGAGCCCUGCCCAGGCCGCACUGCGGGGUGGCCUGCCCUGCGCACCCCGGAUGUGACCCGCUAUCCCGUGUUCGCGGGCAGCGGGCCGGGCCGGCUCACCCCGGCGGACGGCACCCAGGACCUCAGCAUCCAGCGGAUCCUACGGGUCAACAGGACGCUGUUCAUCGGGGACAGGGAUAAUCUGUACCGCGUGGAGCUGGACCCCCCCACGUCCACGGAGCUGCGGUACCAGCGGAGACUGACCUGGCGCUCCAACCCCAGCGACGUCAAUGUGUGUCGGAUGAAGGGCAAGCAAGAGGGCGAGUGUCGGAACUUCGUGAAGGUGCUGCUACUCCGGGACGAGUCCACGCUCUUCGUGUGCGGCUCCAACGCCUUCAACCCGGUGUGCGCCAACUACAGCAUAGACACGCUGCAGCCCGUCGGGGACAACAUUAGUGGGAUGGCCCGCUGCCCGUAUGACCCCAAACACGCCAACGUCGCCCUCUUCUCUGACGGGAUGCUGUUCACCGCCACCGUCACUGACUUCCUGGCCAUCGACGCCGUCAUCUACCGCAGCCUCGGGGACCGGCCCACCCUGCGCACCGUCAAACACGACUCCAAGUGGUUCAAAGAGCCCUAUUUUGUCCACGCGGUGGAGUGGGGCAGCCACAUCUACUUCUUCUUCCGGGAGAUCGCAAUGGAGUUUAACUACCUGGAGAAGGUGGUGGUGUCCCGCGUGGCCCGGGUGUGCAAGAACGACGUGGGGGGCUCGCCACGCGUGCUGGAGAAGCAGUGGACGUCCUUCCUGAAGGCGCGGCUCAACUGCUCGGUGCCCGGGGACUCCCACUUCUACUUCAACGUGCUGCGCGCGGUCACGGGCGUGGUCAGCCUGGGCGGCCGGCCCGUGGUCCUGGCCGUCUUCUCCACGCCCAGCAACAGCAUCCCCGGCUCGGCCGUGUGUGCGUUCGACAUGACGCAGGUGGCAGCCGUGUUUGAGGGCCGGUUCCGUGAGCAGAAGUCCCCCGAGUCCAUCUGGACGCCCGUGCCCGAGGACCAGGUGCCGCGGCCACGGCCCGGCUGCUGCGCCACCCCCGGCUCCCAGUACAACGCCUCCAGCGCCCUGCCCGACGAGAUCCUCAACUUCGUCAAGACGCACCCGCUGAUGGAUGAGGCGGUGCCCUCCCUGGGCCACGGCCCCUGGAUCGUGCGGACCCUGACGCGGCACCAGCUCACCCGAGUGGCCGUGGACGUGGGCGCCGGCCCCUGGGGCAACCAGACCGUCGUCUUCCUGGGCUCCGAGGCGGGCACCGUGCUCAAGUUCCUGGUGCGCCCCAACGCCAGCACGCCGGGCACCGCCGGGGCCAGCGCCCCGCCCCGCCCCGCCCCUUCACUGCACUCUCACUCCAGGGCUGCAGCCCUGCCCCGCUGCUUGGCCGAGGUCACCCCUGAGCCAUUUCCUGGCCUGUAA